AUGGGUGUUCCAGCAUUAUUCCGCUGGCUAUCCAGAAAAUAUCCCAAAAUCAUCUCGCCCGUCGUCGAAGAAGAUGAAGAUCCAACAUUAGGCAUAACCGCCAACUAUUCCGACCCUAACCCAAAUGGAGAAAUUGAUAAUCUUUAUCUAGACAUGAAUGGGAUUGUCCAUCCUUGUUCGCAUCCAGAACACAAGCCCGCCCCAGAAACAGAAGACGAAAUGUUCUUGGAUGUGUUCACAUAUACUGAUCGUGUUUUAAUGAUGGCUAGACCUAGAAAAGUAUUAAUGAUCGCCGUGGAUGGGGUUGCACCUCGUGCCAAAAUGAAUCAACAGCGUGCUAGAAGGUUCAGAUCUGCUCAGGAUGCAAAAAUAAAACAAGAAGAAAUGGAUCGAGAAAUGAGAGAUCGUGAAUUGAGAGGAGAAGUUAUUGAUGAUGCAGUUAAGGGGAAGAAACAAUGGGAUUCGAAUGCUAUUACCCCUGGUACUCCAUUUAUGGACCGAUUGGCCGAGGCGUUGAGGUAUUGGGUAGCGUAUAAAUUGAGUAGUGAUCCUGGUUGGAAGGAUUUACAGGUUAUUAUUAGUGAUGCUACUGUUCCUGGAGAGGGUGAACAUAAAUUAAUGAGUUUUAUUAGAUCACAAAGAAGUGAUCCGGAAUAUAAUCCAAAUACUAAACAUUGUAUUUAUGGAUUGGAUGCUGAUUUGAUUUUUUUGGGUUUGGCAACUCAUGAACCACAUUUUAGAGUGUUGAGAGAAGAUGUGUUUGCUAAUCAAAAUAAACGGAUGACUAUUUCUGAUCAAUUAUCAUUAACUCAAGAACAAUCGGAUUCCAUUCAGGAAAAGGAUAAAAAGAAACCAUUUUUAUGGUUGCAUGUGAAUGUAUUAAGAGAAUAUCUUGCUGUUGAAUUAUAUAAUCCUCAAUUACCCUUUGCGUUUGAUUUAGAACGUGCAAUUGAUGAUUGGGUUUUUAUGUGUUUUUUCGUCGGUAAUGAUUUUUUACCUCAUUUACCAAGUUUGGAUGUUAGAGACAAUGGUAUUGAUAUAUUAGUAAAUUGUUGGAAAAGAUGUUUACCUCGAUUACGUGAUUAUGUCACCUGUGAUGGGAAAUUAAAUAUUGAAAGUGUUGAAAAAUUAAUGUCCAAUUUAGCAUAUAAAGAAGAUGAGAUCUUUAGACGUAGGAGAGAACAAGAGCAGCGUCGAGAAGAAAAUCGUAAAAGAAGAAAAAUUACCGAUGAACAAGAACAAGCACUCAAAGAAGUUUAUUUACCUCAAGUCACAAAGGGUAAAGAUAAAGCACCAAUUACUGCUGAUGUUAAUAUGCCAUUAAUGACCACCAGUGGGGAGUUGGUGGAGGGAUAUGCACAAUUAUCUAAUAAAGAUAUUGUACAAAACCGAGACGUGAUAACCCAAGCCAAUUUAGCUAAUGCUGAUGCUGCUGCUGCAUUGAAGAAAUUGAUCGAUUCGAAGAAAACUCCGGUCAGUGCCGUCCAGGCCCGAGAUGCAGUAGUGGCAGACCAAGACACAACAACAUCAGAAGAACCAUCCGAUGUCCCAUCCGACAUAGAACUUCCCAAAAAGAGAAUCCACACUCCUGACGCCGACGAGGAUGAAGAUAAUGAUGAUGUCAAAUUAUGGGAACCCGGAUAUAGAAAACGUUAUUACGAAGUCAAAUUCCAUCUCCGAAACGAUGAAGAAAUUAACGAGAUGCGUCGAGCAUUAGUACGUCAUUAUUUAGAAGGAGUUGCAUGGGUUCUCUUGUAUUAUUAUCAAGGAUGUCCAUCUUGGCAAUGGUAUUUCCCAUAUCACUACGCCCCCUUCGCUGCUGAUUUCACCAAUAUUAUGGAAUUAGUACCUAGUGGCAGGAUUGAAUUUGAAUUAGGACAACCAUUUAGACCAUAUGAGCAAUUAAUGUCUGUGUUGCCUGCUGCUUCUGGACAUACUUUGCCUGAAGUUUUCCGAGGAUUGAUGUCUGAACCUGAUAGUGAGAUUAUUGAUUUUUAUCCUGAGGAUUUCCAGAUUGAUAUGAAUGGGGCCAAGAUGAGUUGGCAGGGGAUUCCAUUAUUGCCAUUUAUAGAUGAGAAGAGGUUGUUGGGUGCUGUGCAGGGAAAAUAUGGAUUAUUGACUCCUGAAGAAGUUGAGAGGAAUACUAAUAAAGAAGCUGUUUUGUUUAUUUCAACCAAGAAUAAGAAUUAUAAACGGUUUAAGGAGGGUUUGUAUGAGAAUAAAGAGAAUUGUGUCAAGUUUAAGUUUUCCAAGAGUUCUUUGGCAGGUCUGGCGAUGAAGAAUGAGGUGUUUGAUCCGAAAGCGAUAUUUAAGUUUCCAUUAAAACAAGGAAAUAUGCCAAAUAUUGAUAAUAAAGAAUAUUUCCAAGUUAUUUACGAAAUGCCACCAAAAAUACCGGGGAAAUCGAUGUUGUUGAAUGGAUAUAUCGCACAUACUCCAGCCUUGACUGAUGAUGAUAAGAAUAAGAUUAUGUACGGAUAUAGAGGAAACAAUGGUGGUGGUGGUAGGUUUAAUUCUCCAUUGGAUAAUAGUGAUUAUAUCAACCAUGGUCCAUCGGGUAAAGAAUUGUAUUUAACUUAUAGUAUGAGAAGAGGUGGAUAUAGGGCAUAUUUGCAAUAUUUGAAAGAUGGUGUUCAUCCUGAUGAGACAAGACCGCAACAACAAAGAACCGGUGGAUUUCAGAGUCGUGGAGGAUAUCAAGGAAAUUAUGAUAAUAAUCGUGGGGGAUAUAAUCAGAAUUAUAGACAACAACAGCAGGGAGGUUAUCAGCAGGGGGGAUAUAAUCAGAACUAUCAACAAGGGGGAUAUAAUCAGAAUUACCAACAACAAGGAUAUCAACAAAACUACCAGCAACAGGGUUAUAAUCAAAACUAUCAACAACAAGGUUACAAUCAAGGCUAUCAACAACAAGGUGGCUACAACCAGAACUAUCAACAACAGGGCUAUAAUCAGAACUAUCAACAACAGGGAGGAUAUAAUAGACAGCAAGGCUACAAUCAGAAUAAUCCUCAAAGAAACAGUCUGAGGUCAGGAUAUAUUCCACCUCCACCAGGCAGUGGAAACAAGAAUGGAAGAAACAGCUACAGACAAUAA